AUAAAUCCCUCAAGUGCCACUUUUAUCAAAAAGAAAAACACAAAUGACUAUCAACUUGAAAUAUACACUCUUUAUUAGUAAUUUAUGUCACCAAUCUACUAAACUCGAUUAAAGCAGUCUAUAAAUACUUGGCCGAUCGAAGACAACUUGAGUUACAAUGUUAGUAGUUACUUUAACACUUUUCGCCCUUCUUCGCCACUCCCAAAGUGCUAAGAUCCUGGGAAUGUUUUUUAUCCCGGCACAUAGCCACCAAGUCAUGUACCAACCCAUAUGGAGAGAAUUGUCUUUAAGAGGCCACCAGGUUACAGUUUUCACACCCAACCCUCUCCGAAAUUCCAGUUUAACAAAUUUAAGAGAAAUCGAUACAAGUUUGACUUAUGAUAUCCUGAGGCGAGAAUACAUCGGGGAUAAAAUGGCUAAAGAUAUUUAUUUAAUUGACUCGAUGUUGUGGCUUGAAAAGGUCUCCGAGGAAAUACUAGAGGAGAACUUCAAAAUAGCAAAAAGAACUUUCACUGAACUGGAAAGCGACUUCGAUUUGGUACUAGUGGAAACGUUCCAUUCUCUGGUGUAUGGUUUGGGGUGUAGAUUUAAAGUACCGAUUAUUGGGGUACACUCUUUAGGGUUAUUCCUGCACACACAAGAUGCUGUUGGAAACCCAACACACCCCGUCUUAAAUCCUGAUAUAUUUUUUAAUAUUAUGGGGGGGUUUAAUAUGUAUGCAAAAAUUCGUAGUGUGAUGUACAACUUGUGGUACCGUUUAGUCUACUACUGGUACGUCAUACCAAAGAAUGACAGAGUGUCGAAGAAAUAUUGGGGCGAAGAUUGUCCUUACAUCCGUGAUUUAGAAAAAAAUGUCAGUUUAAUCUUAGUCAACACGAAUCCUAUUCUACAUCUGGUACGACCUCAAGUUCCUCAAGUAAUAGAAGUAGGACAAAUGCACAUUGCCCCAAAAACUGUUCUACCACGAGACAUUCAAGACUACCUAGAUGCGAGUACCCAAGGUGUUGUUUACUUCAACUUAGGCAGCAAUGUUAGAAGUGCCAGUUUUAAAAUUAGCGCCCGAAAAAUUAUAAUCGAAGCAUUGUCCGAACUACCAUACAACGUUUUAUGGAAGUGGGAAGACGACCAUUUUCCAGAUAAACCCAAAAAUGUGGUAACACGAAAAUGGCUUCCUCAGCAAGACAUCUUAGGACACAGAAACGUCAAAGUUUUUAUUACCCAAGGGGGUCUUCAGUCGUUGGAAGAAUCCAUAACUAACUGCGUACCCAUGGUGGGAAUGCCCGUUUUCGCAGACCAACCGCUAAAUGUGUACAAAAUGGUACAACUGGGGAUUGGCAGAAGCGUUGAUCAUAUGACUAUGACUAAGGAGGAACUGAAAGAAGCCAUACGAGACGUAGCCGAAAAUAAGAAGUACAGAGAAAAAAUUUAUAAACUGAAGGACUUAUUUUCGGACCAACCCAUGUCAGGUGUGGACAAGUCGGUCUGGUGGAUUGAGUACGUGUUAAGACAUGGAGGUGCUAAACAUUUGAGAAGUACAGCGGUCGAUAUGUCGUGGUUUGAGUACUACUUAUUGGACGUAUUCUUAGUAUUAUUUUUUGUUGCUUUCGUUUCCGUCUACUUGAUUUCGGUAUGUGUAAAGCUGAGUUUUAGUACUCUCAGGUUUAAGCAUAAAACAAAACUCAAUUGA